CAUUUGAAAUUACAUUUUUUUAGCAUACGUCCGAUAGCUGUUGUAUAUUGCGGUCGUAUACCUACCUAUUAGUUACCUAUACACCGCGAAUGGCGAAUAAUUGUUGUUUUUAUUUGGUUGCGUGCUUAGCACUAUACGCGUAUCCGGUGGUCAGUCAAAACGGCUUUAACAAUCCUUACGCUCAAAAUGCUCAGACGUUUUGGCAACAGGCACAGCAGCAGAGGCCGCAGGACCUCAUCAACCAACAAUUCAGCCGUCCAGGGUACAAUUUCCAAGAAUCCCAACUACAGGCUCAGCAGCAACAGCAACAACAACUACUACUACAACAGCAGCUACAGUCACAGCAAAAUCCAACCAUGUUUCAGAGAGGACAGAAUUACAAUGCUUUCGCGUCCAGAUAUGCACCUCCUACCCUAAGAUUACAAUCUGGUUCGGCUCCAUACGUUUUGACCCAAGAGAGAUUGGCCGAAAUCCGCGAAGAGUUUAUGUACUGGUAUUUUGAUAGAGGCGGCGAUAAUGAUCUAGGAGACUAUCAGACCGACAUACACGGAUCUAUGCCUCAGAUUCACAAAAAUUUUAAUUUUCAAUUGCCGUUUUUCGGCUUCAGAUUUAACUACACUCGGGUGUCGAUGAACGGUUAUUUAGAAUUCAGCGAUCCGCCGAAACACUACCGCUAUCCGUUGUCAUUUCCAGUUAAAGAGUGGCCAAGGAAAAACGAUCCGUCUUUCAUCGGAAUAUUUUUCAGCAAGUGUCGUAUUGGUUCACUUAGACCCGACGACAUUGACCGUCGCAAGCCCGGUGUUUAUUUCCGCAUGGAGAGGGAUUUACAGGCUCGUACCGAUCAAUUCGGAGUGGAAAUGAGAGAAAGAUUAAUGUGGGAUAUCCGAGAAGGCGUAGUCGGCGCGGACUCGUUUGUACCUAAACAUUCAGCUAUUAUUACGUGGAAAAAUAUGUCAUUUGCUGGAGGAAUUGACAAUUCUCUAUACAGGACUAAUACGUUCCAAAUGGUCUUGGCCACCGACGAAGUAUUUACUUACGCCAUAUUCAAUUACGCAGACAUGCAAUGGACCAGUCAUACAGAAGCCGGAGGAGAUACGACUGGAGGCGAAGGAGGAGUACCGGCUUUCGUGGGAUUCAACGCUGGCAAUGGAACUAGAAGUUUCGAGUAUUAUCCCUACUCGCAAAGGUCGACCAUCAGAGAUUUAGUGGGUCGUGGUUGGGCCAAUAAUUUUCCGGGUCGACACAUAUUCAGAAUCGACGAAAACAUAAUGUUAGGAACGUGUAACAAAGAUAUCGCUGGUACGAAUUUGCCAUUGGUUUUCGCACCGGAAAGUGGCAACAUGUUGGGCGGCACUGUCGUCAACAUCACCGGACCGUGUUUUGAGCCUGGAGACAAAGUACGAUGCAAAUUUGACACGGAAGAAGUUGUUGGCACCGUAGUGAAUAGAAACCGCGCAGUUUGCAUUCAGCCGUUUUUGAUGGCCGAAGGUUAUGUCAUAUUUGAUGUGGCGAUUGGUGACGAAAAAUACAACUGGAAAGGAAAAUACUUUGUGGAGACUCCGGCCACGGCUACCGAACGCAUUCGGUUCCAAGACGCGGCAAUACGGGAACGGAAGCCUAAAGAAAUAAAAAUCACUUGGGAAAAGCAAAAUCUCACUACCAAUUUUGACGCCCAAAUACAGAUAUCGCUUUACGGUUACAGAGAAGUAACGAUCGCACCCGAGCUCGUAUUCAUCGACGUCAUAGCGACGAAUAUUCCCAAUUCUGGCGAAUAUACCAUAAACCCGGCUGCUUUCGAAGACCGCGACAACACCGUAAACCUAGAUUUGACGUUUGGAUUCUUACAAAUAAAACUGACCAACCCGACGACGUACUCCGGCAUUUCGAUUUCUCCGAUACUGUGGAGCAAGCCCGUACCUCUAGGGUGGUAUUUCGCGCCGCAGUGGGAAGAGUGGCACGGGUCUGCUUGGCCCGAGAGGCUGUGCGACAAUUGGAUCAAGAACGACAGGUACCUGAAAAACUUCGCCGCCGAGAUAUUCCAGUGCCCGUGCACGCUGGAACACGCCCUCGUCGACCGUGGACGGUUCUUGCCCGACGCCGACUGCGACCGGGACGCCAACCCGCAGUGUCUGUACAACAGGGGCGCGGUGCACUGCGUGACGACCGGGGCGCCGAGCAUGGAGGGCUCGGAGCAGCAGUGUUGCUACGACAAAAACAACUAUCUGAUGUUGUCCUACGACCAGCAGUGGGGUUCUAGGCCGCGGAGAUCGCACAACUUGGGAUUUUUACCGUGGACCGAAGCCAACAAGGUGCCGACGCUGUCCCAGUGGUUCCACGAUAUGAGUCCGUUUUUCCCGUGUUGUAUGUGGCAGGAAGAGCAGGCGGUCGGUUGCGAGACUUACCGUUUCGAACGACGUCCGUCUCAAGAUUGCGUCGCAUACCAAUCGCCUUACGUCGCUACCGUCUUUGGCGAUCCACACGUGAUUACUUUCGACGAUCUGGAGUACACUUUCAACGGAAAAGGCGAGUUCGUGUUGGUUCACGUGGAUUCGGAAAAGUUCAAAUUCGACGUACAAGGUAGAUUCGAACAGUUGCCGGACAAUAUAUACGGACCGGUAAAAGCCACUACGCUGACGUCCGUAGUCUCCAGAGACAACACGUCCACCGUGAUCGAAGUCCGAUUACGGCCCCAAGCGGCUCAGUGGAGGUACAGGUUGGACGUUUUUGCCGACGGUAAACGAGUGUACUUCGACAGACCGGCGUUGAAGGUGCAACACUUUCACGGUGUGACCGUUUACGCGCCUUCUUACGUUUUAAACCAGUCCGAAAUCGUGGUCAUGUUUCAAUCUGGCGCCGGGUUAGAAGUUUUGGAAAACAAAGGAUUCAUGACUACUCGGGUGUAUUUGCCAUGGCAGUUUAUCAAUCGAACUCGAGGAUUGUUUGGUAACUGGAGUUUUGACCAAUCCGAUGAUUUUACUCUACCCGACGGUUCAAUAGUACAGCCUAAUACGUAUGAUUUCGAAGCAGUGCACAAGCUGUAUGCUUCCAAUUGGAUUUUAGAAGACAGAGACGAAAAGAACAAAGGCGGCGCAUUAUUCUUUCGCGAAUACGGUCGAACGGCCAGUUAUUAUGCGAACCGAACGUUUGAACCCGUUUUCGAGUCCACUCCGGAAAUGAUUAUACCCGCUAACCGAUCUUCCGACAUACAAAGAGCCAACGAACUUUGCGGUGACUCGUAUCAAUGCAAAUACGAUUAUUCGGUUAGUCUUAAUAGAGAUCUGGCGUUUUAUACGUUACAAUAUCAAGACGGAUAUGUCAACACGAAAAAAAUGAGUAAACAGAGAGUUAUAUCGUGCGGAGUUUUGGAAACGCCACGUUUCGGACGAAAAAGUAACUUUCUGUUUGUACCCAACACCAAGGUGACAUUCGAGUGUAAUCAAGAAUUCGUAUUGAUUGGCGACCAAAGAAGAUCUUGCUCGUCCGAUGGUAAAUGGGACAUACCAGAAUACGGGUACACGGAAUGCUUACGUCACAUCGAGUACGAGUCUCGGAGUGCCUGGACGACGAUCGCUCUGAUUGCGUGCCUCAUAGUACCGCUGCUGGUAGGCAUCUGCUGCGUGGUGUCGCAAGUGUACCGGCGCAGCGGCCGGCUGAGCCUGAGGUACCAGACGGCGCGGGCGGCCAAGAGGCGCAACUCGGUGCUGGCCCUGAGCACGGUCGACCUGUCGUCGGCGGGCGCGGCGGCCAAGAACGGCAAAGGACGGCGUCGCCAAAACGGGGAAAACGACGAUAGCGGCGGCGGCGACGACGGUGGAUCGUCCACCGAGGACGAAGGACCGGCCAGUUCGGUGCCCAGUUCGACGAACCCGCGCCGGUCGUACGACGCCGUGUACCGGACGCACGAACCGCUGCCCGGCAAACCGGACGUGGAGUUCGACAAGACAAAGGUCUGGGACCUGGAAGCCGAGUACGAGGGACAGCUGGACAAGGUGGACAAGAGGACGGCCAUUUACGUGCCCGGAUCGCCGCCGCCGCCGUCGGCUGGGGACGCGACCGCGGGAUGGAGGUCGCCGCCCGUCGCAGGACCUUCGGUGGCUGUCCAAAAACAGAUUUUGCCGUCCCGAUUCAAAGACUCGUUUUGAAAAAAACCGUUUUUACCUCUUUUUUUUUUUGAUUCUUUUUUAUGCGCGUGUAAAAGGACGAAAUUUCAUUCCAAACAUGAAGCGGCGGCGGUACUAUACAAUAAUAAUAUGUUAUAAUAAAACAUUAAUCGAUUAAUAACAAUAUAUAUUAACAGUGCAAUAUAAUAUUAUACCUAUCGUCUAUGAUGGGACCCAGUCGAGUGGGUGUUCAAAAUUAUAUACAAUUAUAGGAAUAUUAAAUCAAUUCGCGAAAUCCCCGAAUAAUAUAGGUAUAUACGUCAUUUUGUAGGACCCGAAUCGAUCUUAACCCGUAACAUAAUAAAAUAAAAAAAAUAUUGUACCUAUAACACGAAUGUUUUAAUGGUUUAUUAAUUACUUUUUAAUCAUCCCGGUUAACUCGAACUUUUUUUUUUAUUUCACAAAUUUCACGAGAUAAUAAUAUGUAAUCUUGUAUGUAUUUCUUGCGGAUUUUUUUUAUUUUCGACUAAUCACUAAACAUAUUUUAUAACCAUCAACACUAGCUAACUCUAAGGUCAAUGCAUUAUUAUGCUUCCGUCCGUUAAUUCAGCAGUAUCGUCAACCAGUAAUACUUUAUGAAAUUAAACGAUAUUCUAAAGAACGUCAAUAAAUCUAUUAAAAAAUUAUUGUCGUAGGUGGUACACGUUGUUAUAUAAUAGUUUUCAAAUUGAGUUUUUGUUGCAGAACUACACUGCUGUUCAGUAUUAAUCAUCAUAUCGACCCGUAUAUAAAAAGAGUUAUGGACGCCCAAACGUUUGAUCAAAAUAUAUUUUACUUCGGUGUAUGAACACUCUAACGGCCGAAUAAAUGACUCGGUCUUAAUAAGCCUCGACGUAACACUUAAUGCACUUAUAAAAACAUACCAACCCGAAUAGUUUUAUGUCCUCGUGUCGAGACUCCUUUCCGGCCACGGUUCGGUGUUUAUAACGGACAAUCCACUUUUUUCUCGCUUUAACGUUAUGUACCCGUACAAUAUAAUUAAUAUUUUUCUCGAUUUUGCCCUCGAAAAUCCCUUUUACUUUCAAAACACGACAAAAGUAUUCUACGGCGUGCCCUGCUCAGUUUAAAACUCCAAUAGCGAUCAGUAUAGUGUGGAAAAUCGAUACUCCUAAGACGAUCGAAUAAGAAUUUUUACAAAUACCUGCGUCGCCGCGAUGACAAUCAUGUGGAAUGAAAAUUCGGCUUUCGAUAUUUUCGUUAUUAUAGUUGUGUACCUAUUUGUGUAAAAAUAUAUUUAUAAUUGUUUAUAAACACCGAUUUUGUAAAUACAUUAUCGAUUUUGUAUUAUGACUGUACGGCUGUUAUUACGCCAUUGUACGAUUUGACGAUUAAGUUUCAAAGUCUUAAUUAAAUCGCAAUUAUUUUCAUUUCA